UAUCCUCUCCAGCUGUCAUGUUCUUUGUACUGUACUCCAUUUUGUCAGCUUACAAGAGAAACUUGUUCAUUUUAUUGCUGUUUAAUGUAGCCCCAUUCUUAUACUGCAGGAUCCUAACUGCUGGACAAGAACUAGUUGGAGAGAGCUGCUACUUUAGAACAACUUUUGUAAACCAAACCCACUUCCAUCUCUCAGUCCAAUGCUGGAAUGAGACUGACAUUGUGCCAUUGAAAAGACCAUUAAUUUUACCGGUCAAUGUUAGCCCAAUCUUGCACAUACAGCAGACGCCCUCUUGGAAGAGAUUAACCUCAGUUUCUGGGAGACACCUAGUAACGAGAGUGAAUCGAUUGUUAGAUAAUGGGACGUGGGUAGUGUCCGUGGAUCAAAGUACAAACUUGUCCUGUAUAUCAGUCAAGACGAUCACAUUAACUGAUAUUUCAGUUACCAUUGAUGGAAGCAGUGAUGCAAGGUGUUGGGAUUUUCUGAUAGAUAAUGCAAAUCAGACUGACCUAAUACAGCUUCCUCCUUGUAUUCCGUUGCAUAGCAACUCUUCAUUUAAUAAUACAGUCCUUUACUGGAACCCCCUGAAGAAUAUUUCAUGUGCCAGGUCCGAUGGCGUUGAUUUUGUUCCUUUGAGUGUUUAUUCUAGUUUUGCAAUGGGAGUAUUUGUAAUUGGAAAUGGAAUGCUGUAUAGUUUAAGUAAUAAAGGGAUCUUCUAUUUCAUAUCUUUUCCUCCUGGAAUCAUUGUAACUAAUUUCAGUUUAUUUGAAGAUAAAGGACAGUAUGUAUUCUUCACAAGAAAUGACAGCAUUCAAGAUAGUUACAAAAUUUGGUUUGGAAUGACGGAGAGCAAAGAAGUCUUUCUAAUUUAUCCUUCACGUGCACUUGAGUUUAUUCUUAAUUUAUAUUCUAUUUCCUUGAUGAAUAUUUCAAGCAUUUACUGGGAUCAAUACAACGACUUUGUAAUGCAAACUCAUUCCAAUAUUUCCAUUCCUAUUCCUCUGUUCUCAAUGUUUGAAGAAGCAGUUGUCAAUUUCUCUUUGACUCAUGAUCCAUCAUCACUCUUUCAAUCGCCUCAGUCUCUAUCACCUCACCAUCGACUGAUUAAUAACUUCACUAAAUCUCCCCCGUGCCCAUUCACCAGUGCUCUGAUUCAGUCUCCAAUAUGUACAAAAUACACUCGGACUAGUUUCGUAAUCGAUGAAAACCUGACUGACCAGUUUGGCAAGUACACUCGCUCAUAUUCAAACUGUUCUAGUCAGAUCAGUGAGCUACCACUUGUUGUAUACUUGUCUCGUGGUGACAGUUUUGAGUUCACGGUCGAGUAUUUCCUCAAUAAUUUUGAUAAAACAUCUCUGUUCUUUUCACUAACAAGCAGUCCUCCUAAUGUCAUCCAAACUACACUCAUUUCAUCUUGGUCUCCAAUGACAAAUUCUAAACUAGUAAAGGUGAGACUGAGAGAAUGGUUGCAAUAUGAAGAAGCACAGCAAGUAAUGUCUGGAGAAACAUUGUUCAAGACAAGGGUCGUGUUAAAGACUUUAGGAUCUGAAAUGUUUUGUGCACAAGAAAAACUGCAAGAACAAAUAUUUGUACCAGGAAUAUUUCAUUUGUCAGUUAGAGUUGGUUGUCCUCCUGGUUUAUCACUGAUUUACGAUCAUCUCGAAUCAACUAGAGAUCAAGAUCAUUACUGUGAUCUAUCAGACCCUGAUAACUGCCUUUAUUAUAAUAAUGAGUUUUAUCCAGUUUUUAAGCUAAAAGACUCUGUGACCGGUUUGAAUGAGAAAUACACAGGCAAAUACAAUCUACUUGCAAUUGCUGGUGGAACUAGCAGGGAAAAUAUGGCUGCCUUUUCUCAGAGUAACAUUGAAUUGUUAUUGUGGACUUCGCUAGAUGAAAAAAGCAAUGGAACGGCUUUUGAGACAAGCAGGAAUGGGAUAAGGUGGUCUGAAUAUUGGAGCAACAUACCAGGAACUCCUCAGUAUUAUCUUCGCUUAGAAGCUACAAACAAAGGAACAAAUGAUAGCUACUGUCUCUUUACUGUGCAAUUUAUAGUGCAUAUACAUGGUAUUGCACCAACACGUGUUUACUCUGUGAUAUCAGUCAUUAUUUUUGUUCUUUUGUUCCUGUCAGCGUUCAUUGUUGGUUUUGGGAUUUGGUUGUGUAGAGAUAAAGUUGCAAGGAGACAAUAGUCACGAUAAAAGAAUCCUCUUAUCCUUUUGCUUGUGUGAACAUCCAAUCAAUGCAGCUACUGUGAAGAGAUUGAAGAAACUGUAUUCAUGGUUUACUGUUUGAAUAAUAAUUUUUUAAUAACUUUUAUUAAUAUAAUUCACAAGAUUUUGCUCACAAGACCCUCUCGUUUCGUGGCGAUCACACA